CAUAAUUAGGUUAUUUCUGCCCGUAAAGGGAAAUUCGAAACUGGAUAUGAGAGGGUGUGCAAACCGGUGAACAUGUUCAGGUUGCAAAAACUUUGCGGUAUCUAAGCUGUAACAAAGUGGACGAUCCCACUGUUAACUGGUCAAAAGAAAGAUAUGAUGAAAUUGAAUCUAAGAUGAUACCAUUUCUGAGGUCUUCAGGCUACAAUGUGAAAAAAGAUGUCAAAUUCCUACCAAUAUCUUGUUUUCUUUGUUCCAACAUGAAAACGAGACUGGACAAGAGCAUAUGCCCCUGGUGGAAUGACCCCUGCCUCUUUAUAGUUCUUGAUGCAGUUGAAAUUCCUCCUAGAGAUCCAAAAGGUCCUUUUAGGAUGCCUAUAAUUGACAAAUUUAAAGACAUGGGAACUGUCGUGAUGGGAUAGGUUGAAUCUGGUACUGUGUGUGAGGGUGAUUCCUUAAUUGUCAUGCCAAACAAGGCUCAAGUGAAAGUUCUUGCCAUUUACUGUGAUGGAGAUAAGGCUACAUGUGCUGGACCUGGUGAAAAUCUGCAGGUUAUGUCAUCUGGAAUUGAAGAAGAGGACAUAUUAGUUGGUUUUGUCUUAUGUAGUGCAACAUUCACGGCUGGGUAUAAAGCUGUCUUGCAUAUUCAUUCUGUUGUUGAGGAAUGCGAGAUUGUUGAGUUGCUACAACAAAUUGAUCCCAAGACAAAGAAACCCAAGAAAAAGAAAGUUCUAUUUGUUAAGAAUGGUGCUGUUGUUGUUUGCCACAUUCAGGUUUACUUCUUGCCUUUUCACUCUUUUGGAAAUUCCUAAGUGUCUAUUUUCUGACACUUGGAAUUAUCUAGAAUUAUGAAUGUUUUCCAUUCAACAUGCUAUCAUCCUCCUGCUUGAUAAUUGUGGGACUGCUAUAAUUUCUUUGUAUAUAAAAGGUGUAGCAUUGCUUUGUUAUUUAUGCACCUUCCAAGCUUUCAAAGGUCUUAAGUGGUUGGAAUCUCCAACCAAUAUUACAUUUUGUCAAAUGCUUUUCACUGGCGGUUUAUUUUUAACAGAGAAAGAAGUUUUGCUUUGAAGUAGAGACUAGCCCAAUUAUAUUUGAAACAUUUCUCUGUGUUUGAAAUUUGCUCUAUGAAUUAUAUCUUCUUGGCACUAUUGUCUCUGCCUCUCUGGUGAACAACUUGAUUUGUGUUGAGAGAUUCUCAGAUUUUGCACAACUUGAAAGGUUUACUCUUUGAACUGAAGGAAAAACAGUUGCAGUGGGCAAAGUCGUGGACAUUCCUUCAAGUGCCGGUGUAUAAAAAAGUUUUGUUGUUAGAGGUAUGUCCACCGGACUCUCCUUAUGAACGGGUGUUAAAGUUGCAACACAGAAUCAUCUUAAAUGAAGUUGCUGCGUUAACAAUAUAUUGAUGUCUUAAGGAGAGGUGAGGUGCCGAUGCCACAGGUGCUUGGCAUUGGUACUUUUGAUAUACUUAAGGGUAUGUAAUGUUUAACUUAUGCACCCAUUGGCAUUUUCGGAACACAUGAUUGUAAUACAUGGUUUUCACAUCAGUUUGUUGGAAAAUAUGUAGUUUUGGUUUGGGCAUUGUUUGCCAUGAAAGCUGUUAGUUUGUCAUUUAGGUUUUGGUACAAUAUUUGUGAGUGUAAAAACUUAUUUACUGCUCUUUCAUUGUCUAUGGCAUCCUGGUUAUAAAUUGAACUGGCAGAU